UACGUCAUCAGCGCGCGCCGAGUUCAACAUGGCGAGUGUUGUUUAGUUGUUAUUGUUCCGCGGUUCCGAAUAAACCCACAAUCCUUCAAUCCGGCGGCCUUCUCUCGUCUUCAUCCACCAUGAGCGAUGAGAAGCAACCAGAGGGUCGCAAUUUCUUCAUGGGUUACGAUGAUCUGAGCGACAGCAGCAGUGACUCGGACGGUCGUGAGUCCGGUGUGAAGAACCGAAGCGAGCCGGAGCCCUCCGGAGCUCCUGAAGCGCAGAGCCGCAACCGAGCCGCAGAGGAGCCGCUGCACAAACCCGACGAUCUGUCCCGGCUCAAUAAAGUCAUCGACUGGGACAGAAGAGCCGCCAAAGCGCCAUCAGAGGCUCCGAAAGAGUUUAAGGUGUGGAAGAACAAUGCCGUUCCUCCCCCACAGACGUAUGUGACGGAGGAGAAGAAGAAAGGAGCUCCUGAUGGAAUGGACAUGGCCAUCAAAUGGUCCAAUGUGUACGAGGACAACGGAGACGACGCCCCUCAAGCCCAUGGUGGCCCUGCCCACUUCCUGCCAGAGGAGGAGGAGCCACAGCGGCCAGACUCCGGCAUCUGA